AUGGCUGACGUAUCAACCCAACCUCAGACGGCCAUCCCAGUCGGAGCGAAAAGGAAGCGGCUCGCCUCCCCUGUGACGAUACCAUCUCGACGGUUAAGAAUGGACGAGCCGGCAUUCCUACGCGAGUUCGCAGAGAGGGUUGAGGAGAUUCUGAGAUCGCCUGAUUCCCAAGAUAUUCUGAAUGCGGUGAGAGCCCUAGCAGAGGGCAAGGAAGCAAGAUUGCAGGAUAGCACUACCGUUGAACAACUGCCUGGCCCCAGCUCCUAUCCCCCCGGCCUGGAUCCCCAUCCGUCUUACACACAAACAAUGACUACGCUACUCAAGUGGGGCGUUCGCACAUUUCACGACCGCCCAUCUACACCGAGUCUUUGGACAUCGAUGGCUAUUCUUGAUGGCCCAAAGGGGUAUAACCAGCGAUUAAUUAGCGAUGGGUUCUACAUUGAAGGGAGUAUCCGCGUUGAAUAUGCUGAGCCUCGAGAGGCGGAGUUACUCUUCCCAGUUUUGCCGAAGCCAACGAUUCUCGUGCCAUCUCAACUACAACCAGUUCAGCCUUUUGAUGAAGAUCUCCCAUACAUGUGGCAGCAAUACUGCAAGGGCCGUAGUGGCUACUCGUUGCAAGUUUGGCUGGCCCCGGCUAUCGAUAGAUUGCAUCUAUCUUUAUGUUGA